CAGAGAGCAGGUGAGCAAAAAAGCAGAGUGGCCGGGGGCGGUUAACACGGUGGACUUUUAGCAUUAGUCAAAAUGUGUGAAUGUUGGCCACAGACGGAACGAACGGCACUGACGGCCACCCGGAGGGAGUGACUGGAGCUUGAAGAUGAAACAUGACUUUGGGAGUGAUUAUAAAUGGCCAGAGAGCUGGAGGACGGGAAGAUGUCCCUUAGCUGCGAAGAGUCUGUUGUCAAGUCAGACUCUGAAGCCCCUGUUUCCCAUCCUCUUCCUCCUCCUCGUGGUGGUUUACGGCCUGGCUGACAGGCUCAGAAACUUUGUGGUGGGCAUCUUCAUCCCUCAGUAUCACUACCCGUAUGCUGUGGCUCUGUGCUUCGCCCAGGUCCUGGUCUCUCUUCUAUUCUUAAAUCUCCUCCAUCUCCUGGGCCUGGUGCCUCUGAAACAUUACUCCAGGUCCCUGGGUGAGAGGCUGCUGCUGCCUGCUAUCUGUAACAGCGUUCAGGCUGUGCUGGCCAUGUGGGUCAAAGCCAGCGGCUCGUAUGCCAGCGUCUUCCUCCUCAUCCUGCCCGUGUUGGCCCCGAUGACUGUGGGCUUUAGUUUCGCCCUGAAGGUGGAAACACGACCGUCCGUGCACAUCUCCGUUCUGCUUUGCAUCCUGAGCGGGACGUCAGUCGUCAUCACAGCAUUCAACGGUCUCUCGGGCAUUGAGCCUCUUGAGUGCAUGUACGCGCCCCUGGCUUUAAUCCUCCACGGCCUCGCUUUGACUUUGCUGGCUAAAGUGUCCAAGGCUGCGCGCUGCCACCCAUCCGAUGCUCAAACCUCCGUUUUUGACAUCUACUACACGGAGAUGGUCAACCAGAGUUGGGUGCUGGGCCUCCUGUGGCUGCUGCACCCAGACACCCCCUGGCAGGUGAUCGCUCAGGGUAGCUGGCACAGCCUGCUCUUCCACGGAUACCUGCUGGCUAUCCUCCUGCUGGGGAUGGUGCUGAACUUCCUGGUGGAUAUGUCAGCUCUGUGUGUCUCCCCGCUUUCUGCUGCGCUGCUCCACUCGGCAAAGCAGCUGGUGCAGCCAUUUAUUCUUCUGUGGCUCCACUGAGCGCUUUGUUACCAUCGCAAAGCAACAAGAAGAGACACACACUGUUACGACACGUCUGUAGAGGCUCCCGGUCGCCCACGUCACGCUGAGACAAGGUCGACUGGACCUUUGAACCCCUCCUCACACCCUGGGACUAGAGCCUUGAACGGCUCAUGUGCCAUAGAUGUUCCCGUAUCACCCCAACUCCCCCUCCAGCCAUUUAAGCUGAAGAAGAUACGUGGAAGAAAAAUCUUCAGGAAAACACCGGUUGCCCUUCUUUCACAUUUUUAAAAACACAUGACACAAAAUAUGAAGAAUUAGUGAAUGGGAUACAGAUAGCAAAUGUUGAUGUUUUCUUUCCUUUGCACUUUUUAUUUUCUUUCCCUUUCUUUCCUUGCAUCUCCUCUGCUUUCUGUUCCACAGUUUUUUGUUUUAUUUGCCAAUUUGUCAUUUCCCUGCUCUUUUCUGCACAGUUCUUUUCAUUUCCCUUUCUUUUUUCUCUUUCAUUUCCACUCUUUUCCUCAGUUGCUUUGAAAAUUUUGAAAAGAAACAUGUGUGGGAAAGACAAAGCCUCUGAAGGCUGUACUCUAAACAUUAACAUGGGUAAUAUUUUUUUUAUCCAUGGCAAUUGUGGCUAAUUUUUAACAGUAUUGACUGAUAAUGAAAGCCCGAGGUGUACGCCAUUGCACAGCCUCUUUUAAAAAAAACCUGGAUCCCUUCGUCCUGACUAAUUUCAGGACAAUUUCCAAACUCCUUUUUAUUUCCAAGGUUUUAGAGAAACUUAACCAACUUGAAGAUUUUUUGAAUCGGGCCAGUGUUGGCGUACUGUUUCAGUCUGGUUUUAAGCAGCACUGAAUCUGCUUUUUGAAAAGUUUUUAACGAUAUUCUUUUAAACCACAACUCUGGCAGUUGUCCCUCUUUUAUUCUUUUAGACCUAGCAGCGUUGUUUGACAUAAUGGAUCACAAAAUCCUCCCAUCACGCCUCAAGCACUGCGUAGGCAUUGAAGGCCCUGUGUUAGACUGGUUUAAAUCUUGCCUCACAGAUAGAUCUGUGCAGUCGGGACAGUUUUCCUCCUCAGUUGCCCCUGUGACCUGCGGGGUCCCCCAGGGGUCACUUCUGGGCCCUCUACUAUUCUCACGUUAUAUGAGGUCCUUGCCGGCUCCCUUGGCCCACUAGCACCUUACAUAGGAUCCCAGGCAAUCUUGGUGUGAUUAUUAAUGGGGCGCUUAAAUUGGACGAGCAGGUAAGCUCAGUGGUCAAGGCUAGCUUUUUUUUCAGCUUCGCCUUCUACCCAAAGUUAAAUCCUACCUAAAAAGGACGGAUCUAGAAAAAGUUAUCCUUCCUUUAUUACAUCGCACUUAGAUUACAGCAACUCCUUGUACGUCGGCAUCGGCCAAUCAGAGCUCAACCAUCUCCAGCUUGUCCAGACUGCAGCAACACAUAACAGUAGUGCUUCCCUCUCUUCAUUGGCUCCUGGUUAGGUACACGAUUGAUUUUAAGAUUCUUUUAUUUGUUUUUAAAUGUCUGAAUGGGCUGGCCCCAAAAUACCUUUCUGUCCUUUUUGGACGUGCAUCGUCCCUCCAGAAAACAAGAGAGGAUCGAGCUUUUACAGUGGCGGCUGCCUGCUGCUGUCUGGACUGUGACUAGCUUUCCCACUUUCAAAGCAUGCCUCAAGACCCACCUUUUUACUCUAGACUUUGGCUGAGAGUCACCUGUUUUGAUAUUUUAUUUGUAUUUAUUGUACUGUUUUUAUUGUCUUACUUUUAUUGUUUGUAAUUAUCAUUGAUCAUUGAUAUUUUAUUCUGUUACGCACUUUGGUUAGCCUUGACUUUUUAAAUGUGCUAUAUAUAUAUAAAAGUGACACGUGACAAUGAAACAUUACCUUGUUCCUGGAAUUCUGACAGCAUUUUCCACGUAAAAAGGCAAGUUUACACAGGACACACGCUAUUAAACCCAUCACAUUUUAUGGUUACUUCACUGUGUUAAAAAUAUGAUAACACACUUAAUGAUUUUUUUUUUUUUAGUUAGGGAGUUACCCUUGGAUGAAUCAAUGUGCUCACACAUCAGAUGAGAAGGGGUCAGGAGGAGUUUUAUUUAUUGUCCUAUUUAAGUUAUUAUUCUCAUUAUGAAGCCGUCUUAAAAUGUGUAACAAUAAAAGGUAACAUUUCA